AUGUUGUCUGCGGAGAAAUGGUGUGCAAUGAAGGAGUCUAGAGAGAAGCAGAAGGCAGUAAAGGAGUCUGGAGACAAACAGAGUACAGUGAAGGAGUCUGGAGAGAAGCAAAGUACAAGUAUAGUGAAGGAGUCUGGAGAGAAGCAGAGUAUAGUGAAGGAGUCUGGAGAGAAGGAGAGUACAGUGAAGGAGUCUGGAGACAAGCAGAGUACAGUGAAGGAGUCUGGAGACAAGCAGAGUUCAGUGAAGGAGUCUGGAGAGAAGCAAAGUACAGUGAAGAAGUCUGGAGACAAGCAGAGUGCAGUGAAGGAGUCUGGAGACAAGCAGAGUGCAGUGAAGGAGUCUGAAGACAAGCAGAGGGUUCCAGUUCCUUCAGUCCACCACAGGAGUUCCCUGGAGGAUGUGGAGAUGGUGGAGGUCUCCGGAGGGGAGCAGGAGGAGGAUGGAGAGCAGGCGGAACCCUCAGGGCUGCAGAAUGCCCUUCCCCCACCUGAUGUGGGCCAAGUUGUGGAGGUCGCAGGUGAAGAGGACGGACCCUCCCAGCCGCCGGAUUCCCCCACCCCAGGUCAAGAUGAUAAAGAGGACGUUGUCACCAACCCCCACCAGGAGGUAUGA